CAGCUUCGGGGGCGGCACCGGCUCCGGGUUCGCGUCCCUGCUCAUGCAGCGGCUCUCGGUGGACUAUGGCAAGAAGUCCAAGCUGGAGUUCACCAUCUACCCAGCCCCCCAGGUGUCCACGGCCGUGGUGGAGCCCUACAACUCCAUCCUGACCACCCACACCACCGAGGACUCCGACUGCGCCUUCAUGGUGGACAACGAGGCCAUCUCCGACAUCUGUCGGCGCAACCUGGACAUCGAGCGCCCCACCUACACCAACCUCAACCGGCUCAUCGGGCAGAUCGUGUCCUCCAUCACUGCCUCCCUGCGCUUCGACGGGGCCCUCAACGUGGACCUGACGGAGUUCCAGACCAACCUGGUGCCCUACCCCCGCAUCCACUUCCCCCUGGCCACCUACGCCCCGGUCAUCUCGGCCGAGAAGGCCUACCACGAGCAGCUGUCCGCGGCCGAGAUCCCCAGGGCCAACCAGAUGGUCAAGUGUGACCCUCGCCACGGCAAGUACAUGGCCUGCUGCAUGCUGUACCGGGGGGACGUGGUCCCCAAGGACGUCAACGCGGCCAUCGCCACCAUCAAGACCAAGCGCACCAUCCAGUUUGUGGACUGGUGCCCGACGGGGUUCAAGGGCGAGAACGUGUUCUUCUUGGUGACCAACUUCCUUGUGACGCCAACCCAAGUCCAGGGCAGGUGCCCAGAGAACCCCGCCAUCCCGCUGGCUAGCUGCUGGGCCGAUGAGGACUGCCCUGAAGGGGAGACCGGGACGUUCAGCCACGGCAUUAAAACCGGCCAGUGUGUGGUUUUCAAUGGGACCCACAGGACCUGCGAGAUCUGGGGCUGGUGCCCCGUGGAGAGUGGCACCGUGCCCACGAGACCCCUGCUGGGCCAGGCUGAGAACUUCACCCUGUUCAUCAAAAACACCGUCACCUUCAGCAAGUUCAACUUCUCCAAGUCUAACGCCUUGGAGACCUGGAACGCCACCUACUUCAAGAGCUGCCGCUAUGACCCCCACUCCAGCCCCUACUGCCCCGUGUUCUGCAUUGGCGACCUUGUGGCUCAGGCCGGAGGGACCUUUGAGGACCUGGCAUUGAUGGGUGGCGCGGUGGGCAUCAGCGUCCACUGGGACUGUGACCUGGACGUGGGGGGCUCCGACUGCUGGCCCCACUACUCCUUCCACCUGCAGGAACGGAGCUACAACUUCAGGACAGCCAGUCACUGGUGGGAGGCCUCAGGCGUGGAGGCCCGGAGCCUGCUCAAACUCUAUGGGAUCCGCUUUGACAUCCUGGUCACGGGGCAGGCAGGGAAGUUUGGGCUCAUCCCCAUGGCCAUCAUGCUGGGCACCGGGGCGGCCUGGCUGGGCGUGAUCACCCUCCUCUGUGACCUGCUGCUGUUGUACGUGGACAAAGAAGCCCAUUUCUACUGGAAGACAAAGAACGAGGAGGCAAAGGCCCUGAAGACAACCACUAGGCCCGUGUGGUCUGAGUUGGCGUUCACGCCCCUGAGCCCAGGUGCCUUAGCUGGGUCCAGCUCCAGCCCCGAGGAAACUCACACCCCGCCCGCCAUUCCUGAGCUGUAGCUGUCACUGCCCGGU